AUGCGAGUCACAUUUGCUCUGACUGCCUGGAUGCUCUCCGUGGUCUCCAGUUCUUCCUCUCCAGCAAAUAGUUUGCCAGAUAUCAAAAACGAAGAUUUUAUCAAAGACUGUGUUCGAACGCAUAACAAGUUCCGAUCAGCAGUGACUCCAGCAGCCAGUGAUAUGCUGUACAUGACAUGGGACCCACUACUAGCUCAGAUUGCAAAAGCAUGGGCAAGCCAUUGUGAGUUUGCACACAACCAACAGCUGAAACCACCCCACAAGCUGCACCCAAAUUUCACUUCACUGGGAGAAAACCUCUGGACUGGGUCUCUAUCCAUUUUUUCUGUGUCUUCAGCCAUCACAGACUGGUAUGAUGAAGUUAAAUACUAUGACUUCAAGACUCGGAAAUGCAACAAAGUCUGUGGCCAUUACACUCAGGUUGUCUGGGCAGAUAGUUACAAAGUUGGCUGUGCAGUACACUUUUGUCCUCAAGUUUCUGGCUUCCGAGGUCUUCUCAAUGGAGCACAUUUUAUAUGCAACUACGGACCAGCAGGCAAUUACCCAACCUGGCCAUAUAAGAAAGGAUCCACGUGCAGUGCCUGCCCCAGGAGUGACAACUGUUUGGAUAAUCUUUGCACUAACCCACAACGAGACAAAGUGACACGUUACUACUCCAUUGUGUUUCCAGACUGGCCGAUAUAUCCACGUGACAGAAACACAUCUCUUUUUCUCAUAAUUAUCCCACCAAUCCUAAUACUGAGUGUUAUAAUUAUCAUGUGGGCCAAGGGCAAAUACCCUCAUUUAUUUACUUUGAAAUAA